AUGGCUUCGCAGCAAAAGAUUCGGGUGGGCCUUAUCGGGCUCAAUGCCCCGUACACAGAUAUCCCGACAGGAACCAACUGGGCGGCGCAUGCUCACUUGCCAUACCUACGCCAAUCCUCGAAAUACGAGCUGGUCGCCCUACAGAACAGUUCGACGGAAAGGGCCCUCCAGGCCAUCAGAGCGUAUGAUCUGGAUCCCGACAGGGUCAAAGCCUACGGGACACCGGAGGACCUCGCAAACGACCCGAAUGUUGAUCUCGUCGUGUGUAGCGUCCGCGCCGAUCGGCACGGCGGCGCCCUGAUCCCCAGCAUCAAGGCGGGGAAGGAUGUUUAUGUCGAAUGGCCCAUGGAAGCAAACCAUGCCAAAUCCAGGGAACUGACGGACCUAGUCAGGGCCCGCGGCGUCAGAAACGUGGUCGGCAUCCAGCUCGGAUAUACGCCCCUCCUGACCAAGAUCAAAACUCUGAUUGCGCGCGGAGCCAUCGGCCGGCUGGAAAGCAGCACGUUUCUACAGACCACCGAAUACAGUGGCUCGGCCGUGCCGAGUCAUCUCACCUACCAGCUGGAUAGGAAAGUCGGAUCGAAUCCCGUCACGGUUACGUUUCCGCACGCUCUGGAAAUCAUCACGGAAGUCCUGGGCAUGGUAUCGUCCCACCAAUCCCUGCUCGUCAACCAAUACCCCGAAGUCGACGUCGUCGACCCGGCCACGAGAGAAGUGGUGGAAAAGGCGCGCCCGAAUGACGUGCCGAACCAAGUCGUCUUCGACGCCGUGCUGGAGUCCGGCGUGGUCCUUACAUACAAGCUGCAGAACGCCGCCACCAUAUCCCCAGGGGCAAAGACGGCGAACGAUCAUGCCCGUCUGCCCUUCCUGGAGUGGCGCAUUUUUGGCUCCAAGGGGGAGAUACGCAUCCAACGCUUCAAGACCUGGUCGAUCAAUGCGGGUACGGUGAAUGAUGAGUGGGAGGCCAACAUCUGGCGAUCAGAAGAUGGGGACUGGCUGGAAGUCAAGGCCGACCCUGACGAGUUCCAGCACCUCCCGAUUCCGGCGAGAAACAUCGGGAGGCUUUACGAAGCCUUUGCUGCCGGGCUGGACGCGCAGAAGGGAAAAGAGGUGUGGUAUCCCGAUUUCGAGCAUGCCUUAAAGACGCACGAGUUGCUUGACGACAUGUACCGGAAGAAUGGAUUCUAA